AGGAUACUAUCACGGCUGACAAAAUACGUCCUGCAACACCAACUAGUGACCAAAAAUCCUUUGAGAUGAUGGAUAAGGUAGAAGCCUUUUACAACAAUGGCUGGAGCAGCGGACAAAUUAGCAUGGUACUUGGUGAUAACACAUACUCGGUGUGUCUCUAUACUUCUAUGGAAACUAUUCUAUUCAAACAUUCAGAUUUGCGAAUUCAUAGAGAAUGGAAAGAUGGAGUCUGGAAGAUGGCAGAUAAGGUGAAGCCUGAUAAGAAAAGGAAAGCUGCUGCCUCAUCACAAAAUUCAGGAAUGGAUAAUGUUUUCCUAAGAAGGAGCGAGAGGGUGCCUAAACGAUCUAGAGACACAAAAACUCCAUUCAAGUCUGACAGAAAUCCGGCUUUAACUGUAAUACCUGAGAUUAUACCUGCAGUUGAUCCGUUUUCAACUCCUGCGGAACAUAAGCUUUCAAGGCUUCAAAAUUGGAUGACAUUAAAGCCCGGCAUGCAUGAAACGUCCCUAUCAAUCAAUGAUAAUAAGAUAAGGAAAUCUUUCUUUCAAAGCAUGGAAAAUGCAAAAAAGGACCUUAAGAAAGAGCACAUUGAUGGAGCCUUUGCAAUGCUAAAUUGCAGAAGAAAUGAGAAUGCUGCUUGGUUCCACAACUACAAGAUUCCAAAGGCGUGCUUCCUACCUAUGGAGUUCUUGCAUUGCUUGCUCUCUGAUGAUUUGGCUUACAAGAAAGAAAAGGUCAAAGGUAAAAAGAUUUUCAACGAUUUAUUUAAAGAUACUGUGAGAGGGAAGGUAUAUCCAGAGAAGACAUGGGGAGAAGAUGUUGAUGUUGUGUAUGGGAUUACUCUUGGAAAAAAAAGCAAUGUCUGGAUUGGGAUGGAAAUUCAUUUGAAGAAGAAAAGAAUCACAGUAUAUGAUUGUUUUCAAAAGGAAAGCAACAGCAUUGAUAUUCCUCAAGUGAAAAAGUUGGCAGUGUUGAUUUCUAAUCUGCUGGUGGAAUCUUCUGGUGAUGAGGUAGAUAAAGUGAAGAUGAUUCCAUUUGAGAUUGAGCAGGCACAAGGUUUACCCAAGACAAAACAUCCUUUCAACUGUGGGAUAUUUCUUGUCAAGAUUCUGGAGUGCCAGUCAUUGAAGAUAGGAGACAUGACAAAGAUUAAUGAUGACAAUGCAUUGGAGCUAAGGAGAACCUUGUCUUGUGAGAUCUUCAACCAAUUUGUGGAUGAGAGCUUUGGGAAAUGAGAAUGAUGCAUGAAAACAUUUUUUGUUUUAGUUAAGACUCGGUUUUAGUUAUGACUGUUUAUUUUGUUAUGUUGUUGGCGUCUGGUUACAUAAGAAAGAUUGGAAGGAUAUCAAGUAUUUUUUUUGGGUAUCAUAUAUCUUGGAAGGUUAAAAUAAUGUUUCUGGAUGGGUUUCCAGAAAAAAAGUUAAGUGUUUCAAAUGUAAAAAAGAAUGAAAUGAGAUUAUAUACUAAGGAUUGGACAUGUAUAUGGUAAGCUUAAAAUUGUGAUGUUUACAGACAACAAAAAUUUAGAACCACAAAGGAUCGAACCCAGAGGGAGAGAGUUUGCGUAUUUGGAUAGUGUGGGAGUUUAGCCACUAGGCCAAGAAGAAUCAUCUGUUAAUGGAUUACAUUUAAUUUUAUUUAACUCCAAACUGUAACACAAAAAAAAUUAAAAUUGAUUUUGAAUCCACCACAUAUCGAACCCGGGGAUAGAGAGACUUUUGAGUUAUGAAAUGCCUUGGUUUAACCGCUGGUCUGAGGAGAAUCAUCUGUUAAAGAAUAUUACAUAAGCAUACUUAAACCAAUUAAUAUAGGAUAGGUUUCCAAAACAAUACAUUUCGAUUGAAAAAAGACAAAACUCUUGCCGUCUCAACACUCUCGCCGUUUCAAACUUCUCGAAUCUCACUCGUCUCCGCCUCUCGAAUCUCUCUCUCAUCUCCAUAUCUCUCGAUCUCCGACGAAAACCCAUCUCCAGAACUCUCUCUCUCUCUCGAUCUUUUACGCGAGCUCUCUCUAUUCUCCGAGAAAAACCAUUUCUAGAGCUCUAUCUCUUUAAGGUAUGUUGCAGAUUCAACCUUAUGUGUGUUUUCUUUCUGAGAGAUUGGUCUCCUGGUUUUUGCUUGUGUAUAGACUUGCUCGUUUUAACCUAAUAUGAUUGGUAGAAUUCUAGUUCAUGUGAAAGCAUGUGUAUAGACUCAGGAAGGAUUUGUAUUGUUUCAGGAAACCCUUCCUGAAAAUUGGAUUUUAAUUAAUUUAGACAAAUAAAAUUUUUCUUGUUUACGCAGGAUAGAAACAAGAUGGGAGAUCCAUUACCAUUAAGACUAGCACUGCCUGAGCUGAGGUAUCCGAUUGGAUCAGAGCCAGAGAAGACGAUAUCGAUAAACCAACACUCGAUAGUUGCUUAUAUCAAAACUGUUAAGGAAAUUCUAGGAAAUGAUGAGUUCAACAGAAUAAGAGGGACGUUUUUGGGACCGGUGAUCAAGCUUGGAGAGAGGUCUUUGAAAUUAUCAGCUAAGAUAGUGCACGCAGUUCUCACCAAAAGCAUCAAGACAGUGAAGAGACACGAAGCAUGGUUCCAUUUUGGUGCUCAGCCAAUGAGGUUCUCUAUAAGAGAAUUCCACAUGGUGACUGGUUUGAAAUGUAGUGGUGAAGCAAGAGAACCACGAGAGGAAACCGAGAAAUUUAAGUGGGACUUCCUAAAAGGGCGUACUCAUACAGUAAAGGACGUGGAGAAGCAGCUCAGAAACACAAGAGAAGAUGCUUCUGAUGAGAGAUUCUGCCUUGCAAUGCUCCUCCUGAUUGAGAGCAUACUACUACAGAAGAGCCUUCUCGACGGUGGCACAACUUUUACUUUGGAUUAUGUGAAAAUAGCGCAGGAUAUGGAUGUCUUGAUGACAUACCCAUGGGGGAGAACAGCUUAUAAUUUGCUGUUAAAAUCACUUCAGAGAGCUGUCGACAAAAGCCUCGACAAAAACAAUUAUGAUUUGCAAGGAUUCCCUAUGGCAUUUCUUAUAUGGAUACUUGAGUCAGUACCUUUGCUACAGUAUGCAUUCAGUCAAGUUGUUCCUAUUCUGAGCGUUCAACCGUCUACCCCAAUAUUUUUGUGUGAGAAGUACCUUCAAAUAGCUUCUCCACAGCUGAUAGAUGUUCUCCUAAUUGAAAUCAAAGAUCAUGUAAGUUUUUACAUUAUUUUUUUCUUGUUUCUGUUUUGCCUUAUGAUUCUCCAUUUAAAAGCUAAUUAUUUUUAUGGUUUCAGCUUAAGGUCACAUGCAUCCUACCUCCUAUUUCUAAUGAUCCAGAAGCUGAUGUUUGCAUGGAAGACGAAGCUAAUAAAGAUCUGGAUGACAUGGCCGAUUUAUCCAAGAGAGGUUAUAAGUUUAAAAUUAGAGAUUGGCGAAACAUGUCAGUAGACCUAUACGGUGCUAAUGAACAAAUAAGAAGAGCA